UCUGCUCAUUUGGGAAUUUCAUUUCUGGCAAAUGGAAGCACUGAGAUAAGCAAUUGGAAAUUUGGAACCCUAUUCCAUGGAAUCUGAUUAACACUUGGGUAUGACUCUGAGCUCAUAAUUACAGCUCAGAACAAAUACCCAUCUUAGAUCAGAGACCAAAUUCUUGGAAAAGAUCAGUCCCCUCUGGUUCAGCUAGCUAGAGGAUCUGGUAAUGGGGUUUCCAGUUGCUGCUACAUUUGGUCCUCGAAUUUUCUUCAGAAAUUGCUGUGAAAAGUCUGUAAAUUUUCCAUCUUUUGAUCAUAAAGAGGGACAUAAGGGGAAUUUCAAGCUCUCAAAGUUUAAGCCUCGUCCAAGUAGGAUUUCAGCUUGUAAACCUGAAGUUUUCCGGUUUGAGGAGAGAACAAGCCCAAAUGCGGUCAAAAAAGAGAUAGAACGGUGCUAUGAGCUCAUUCACAGGCUGGGAAGGGGAGUCGUGUAUUUGGGUUCUUCAAGGAUGGGACCAAGUCAUCCACAUUACUUGCAAACCCUAGAAUUGGGAAAAGAGGCAACAAAUCUUUUGAAUUGUACUUCAUGGUCAGGGGCUGGUCCAGGUCUCAUGGAUGCUGCUACUAAAGGUGCUUUGCAGGCAGGAAAGCCAGUUGGUGGAUUUAAGAUAGGUAAAGAAGCUAACGAAUGGACAGCUACGAAUUUCCAUCCAUACCUUCCUUCAGAAACCUAUCUUACGUGCAGGUUUUUUACUGCAAGGAAGCACGGGUUAGUGGAUGCUGCAGUUAGACUUGAUAGCUCAGACAAGACUGCUGUAAUAGCUCUUCCCGGUGGCGUUGGCACUCUGGAUGAGGUGUUUGAGAUUCUAGCCCUAAUUCAACUGGAAAGAAUUGGAUCAGCGUUUCCAGUUCCCUUCCUAUUAAUGAACUAUGACUCUUUCUAUUCGAAGCUACUGGAGUUUCUUGAUGUUUGCGAGGAAUGGGGAACUGUUGCCAAGGGAGAGGUUUCAUUGCUAUGGAAAGUAUGUGACGAUAACUCCCAGGCUUUGGCCUACUUGGAAGAAUUCUAUGAUCUUUCUUCUGAAAAAUCUACGCAUGGUGAUAGAUCACAAAGUUCACAUUGAACAGUUUCUUGAUAUGUUGUCAUGUUGGUGAUAACA